AUGCAACCCAAACAUAGGCUUUCUCGUCUUCUUUGUCUCACAUACAUUCCCUCUACAUAUCAGUAUCUCUCUUCCCUUCUCUCUUCAUCCUCCUCUUCACCCUCUUCCAUCUCCUCUUCAUCUCUUCAUCUCACUACGAUGUCGUACCCCAUCAUCAAGGAUGGCACGGUUACGCGCAACGGCUUUCAGAGCUCCCACGGUCGCUUCACAGCCUGCUGGGGGAUCGCGCGCUUCGACUCAGCGAGCCUGAGGGAGAUUUUCCUCCCCGAGCUCCCAAACGAUGCGGACUGGCUCAAGUUCAUCGACCACACGUUCGUGCGUGCCCAGCUGCACCAUUACGGCAUUACCGACGCCGGCGAAUCCACCGGCGAGUCCGCGGAGCACGAGCUGAAGCUCCUCAAGACAGCCCUCAAACUUGGCAAAUGCGACGCCGUUCCAGCACACAUCGCGGCGCUCGAAGCGGAGAUGCACGAGGAAUGGCUGGCCACCCAGUCUCCUAGGACGCUCGCCAAGCAUCCGCAGUGGGCGAUGCGCUUCUUCGUCGACCCGGACGGGAGCCGGCAUUGGUCAACAACUCAUGUCGUCGCGUUCCCGUUUGGCCGGCGCGAUAGGGACUGCAUCCCCCCGCUGUGCGCCGCUGCGGCGGCCGUGCCGGGGCUUCACCACGCCACGGGGCAGGGCAGGAAGCCCAAGGUUUUCGUGGGCUGGGACAUGGUUGCCGUAGACCAGGCGGCGAAGGACCACACUGCAAAUGAGGACGCAGCCAUGGCUGCUGCUGCACGUGUGCGGUUGCGGCGAGUUGCGAGGCUAGCGGCGGCGGCCGCCCGCACCCCUGCGGCUGUGGUGGGCAAGUACGUUGUGGAAUGCCCGGCGAUCACGGAUGUGUGGCGCGGUGCAGGACACAUGACCAUGUCCAUCAGUACGACGGAGGAGCGUGGGCUCUACCAGGCUGACUUCGACUUUGGCAUGCUCACGGGCGUCAUGCUGCUCAACGUCGAUGGCUAUAGGCUGUGUGAAAUCCAGGAGGACGACGACGAGGACGUUGGUGACAAUGAGCAUGAGGACGAUGAAGAGGCGUACGAUGAUGAAGAGUACAAUGAGGAGUACGAUGAGGAGUACGAUGAUGAGGAGUAUCAUCAGUACAAUUAUGGCGACGACGACGAUGAUGAUGCCGACGACGCCGACAAUGACGUCGGCCGCGGCCUCAAUGGUGGCGACGACGAUGACGAGCUGACGGCAUACCUCGAGCGCGUAGUCUGUAAGGGUGACCCCAAUUCCCAGCAACCCUCGGGGACCGCGAGCCCAACCCACACGGAGGCUACAACAGACGUCGAGCCCAAUCCGGAGAAGUACUACCUUCUCCUGCGCUCGCGCCACACGGCCACGGGGGAGAUCACGUCCGUUCCGCGCCUCGGCUGGAUCUUGUGCCCCUCAGCCACGUAUACCACCUUUAAGGGGGUGGCCAACCUCCCUGAUCUGGGCUUGACCGAGUUCACGGCACGCAAAGUCGGGCGGAUUCCGGCUCCGUCACGGAGGAAGUGGUCAGACUACUCGUGGUGGGAGUACGAGAAUUGGCGGUUGUCACCUGCGUAACUUCGAGGCGAUCUUUGGAGGACGGAGAUGGCGAUCUGAUUCAUCUGGACGAGUGCAAUGUAUGUUUCCAAGGUUUCA